GGGUAAUACCAGAUCAAAAAAAAAAUUUUCAAAAAAAAAAAAAAAAAACUCACUGGUAAAUAGUGUAUUCCCUUUGAAUCACUCCCGCCUGCAUUCGGAUUUGGGUCUAGAGACUCCCCACAAGGAGGACCAUUUAUUUGGGUGGGUUCAACUUCACGGCCAAGCUUUUUGAAGUCCGAGUCAACGACGUCACAUUCAACAUAGUCUACUAAAAUACUACUACUAUAAUCAAGGGGAGGGGAAUACUGGCGAUCUUCACAACCGAGGGAGGUUAAACGUGUGAUCAAAAGCCGGUCAAGAAAUCAAGAAAUGGAGGGUUCUUCAUAUUGAUGGUUGUAGAUGCUAUUCUGAUCUGAGAAAGAAUUUUGCCAAGAUGCCUCUACAGGUCUUCUUAAAAGACUUCAGUGAUGUUUUCAAGAAGGAUGAACUAGGUGUGGAGAUAGCCUCAAUUGCUUUACCAGCUGCGCUUGCGUUAACAGCAGACCCCAUAGCUUCCUUAAUCGACACAGCUUUCAUCGGCCAUAUAGGUCCUGUGGAGCUAGCUGCCGUUGGAGUUGCUAUUGCUAUUUUUAAUCAAGUAUCAAAGAUUGCGAUUUUUCCACUUGUUAGUGUUACAACGUCUUUUGUUGCCGAGGAAGAUGCUGCAGCUGAAAGCCUAAUUGAUAAAUCAUGUGAUAUUGAAAUUACGGAAAGGAGUUUUGAUGGAAACGAUGAAGAGGAAGAGUUUGUUCCAAACGUUGAUACAGACAAGUCUCCAGCCACUAAUCGUAGUUAUAUUGGAAAUACAGCAAAAGUCUAUGAGAGAAGACAUAUUCCUUCUGCUUCAUCAGCUUUGAUUAUCGGUGCUGUGCUUGGCCUCAUCCAAGCUUUAUUCCUAAUUUUUGCCGCAAAACCAUUGUUGGGUUACAUGGGCAUAAAAUCUGAUUCUCCAAUGCUAACUCCAGCAAGACAGUACUUGACAUUGAGGUCUCUUGGUGCUCCUGCGGUUCUUCUCUCUUUGGCUAUGCAAGGAGUCUUUCGAGGAUUUAAGGAUACAAAAACUCCUUUAUAUGCGACAUUGAUAGGAGAUGCAGCAAACAUCAUUUUGGAUCCAAUUUUUAUCUUCACCUUUCGUAUGGGUGUUAGUGGUGCAGCUAUUGCACACGUUAUUUCCCAGUACUUAAUCUCCCUUAUACUGUUGUGGACACUAAUUGGACAAGUUGAUCUCCUACCCCCAAGAAUCAAGGAUCUACAAUUUGGUCGGUUCCUUAAAAAUGGGUUUCUGUUACUGUUGAGGGUAAUAGCUGCAACGUUCUGUGUGACUCUGGCGGCAUCCAUGGCUGCAAGGCUAGGAUCAACAUCCAUGGCUGCGUUUCAGAUUUGCUUGCAAGUUUGGCUGGCCGCCUCUUUGCUUGCAGAUGGGUUGGCUGUUGCGGGACAAGCUAUUCUGGCAAGUGCAUUUGCAAAGAGGGAUUUUGACAAGGCCACAGCAACUGCAUCUCGGGUAUUGCAGUUGGGUUUGGUUCUGGGGCUAGUUCUAUCUGUCCUUGUUGCUGUUGUAUUACAAUUGGCGUCCAGAUUGUUUACCAACGACGUCAAUGUUCGGCAAAUCUUAAGUUUAGGCAUCCCGUUUGUUGCAGGGACCCAACCCAUCAAUGCUUUGGCAUUUGUGUUCGAUGGAGUCAACUUUGGAGCAUCUGAUUUUGUUUAUUCAGCCUACUCCAUGGUUUUGGUCUCGUUUGUGAGCAUCCUGUGCGUGUUUUUACUGUCAUCAACUAAUGGGUUCGUUGGGUUAUGGGUUGCUCUAUCCAUCUUUAUGACUUUGCGUGCAGUAGCUGGCUUUUGGAGGAUAGGGACUGGAACAGGACCUUGGAGUUUUCUCAAGAGAUGGAGAUGAUGAUGGCUUCACCAGAACCAGGAAGCUUAUCCAAUAUCAAAGAAAAGGAGAGAAAACAAGGAGGAGAUACAGCAAUAAUUGAUUUGUAUAUAAUUUGUUGGGUGAUAGUAGACUAUCAUCUGCAGAUUUGCAACAUAUUUUGUUGUAUUUACAAUUUAUUUGUAUCUGUACACAUGCAUUUGUACAAUCAAGGCUAGUCUUGAACAUUUUUUUCCCUUC